AUGAACCAUACGGAUUUCAGAAAUUAUGAUAUUAAAGACCAAAUGGUAUAUCAUAGUAUCAGUCCAGGAAAAAAAGCACAUGACCCAACAGUAACUAAUUUAAGAGAGAUCCACUAUCAAUCAAAAGGCAAAAUUCAAAUUAAUCUGCAGUUUCAAGAUGAGCUCACCGACCUACCUCAAGGAAUUUUAAAGAAGCCAUGUAUGAUACACCACCAAAGACGUUAUACAGAUGGAUUAAAAAUAUCAAACAAGAAAUAUGACCAUUUGCAAGAUCUGAAAUCUACUCUAGCAGAUGAGGUAUAUAGUUUCUAUGAGAACCUGCCUUAUGAGUAG